ACCAUAAAAUUGGUUGAUAUUAAUUGAUUAUGAUAUAAUCGUCUACCCCGCGUCCAAUUAAAUUUACCCCAAAACAUCCAACUCACAACUCUCACUCUCAACUCCUCACCACCACUCCCACCAACAGCCACCAUACGCAUCAGUCACCAUGGCCCUCAAGCCCGGAGAUUCCUUCCCCAACGACGUUGUCUUCCAGUACGUCCCCUGGACCGAGGAGAAGGGCGACAUCGCCGCCUGCGGUAUCCCCAUCCCUUACAACGCCUCUAAAGAAUGGGCCGAUAAGAAGGUGGUCCUGUUCGCCGUUCCUGGCGCUUUCACCCCCACCUGCUCCGUCAGCCACGUUCCCGGGUACAUCCAGAAUCUGCCCGAGCUGAAGGAAAAGGGUGUCCAGGUCGUUGCUGUCGUUGCAUCUAAUGACCCCUUCGUCAUGAGCGCCUGGGGAAAGGCCAAUAAGGUGAAGGGUGAUGACAUUCUGUUCCUCUCUGACCCCGACGCCAAGUUCUCAAACAGCAUCGGCUGGGCCAGCAACGGUCGCACCGGUCGCUAUGCGAUUGUCAUUGAUCAUGGCAAGGUGACCUACGCUCAGAUCGAGACUAAGAAGGGUGUUGUGGAGGUGUCGGGCGCCGAGGCUGUCUUGGCUCACCUGUGAUUCUCUUCGGAAGCUCGUUCUCCGAGGUGAAUUAGAUGGGGAAUGGAGCAAGCUUCUGCUUAGCUAGCGUUAUCUUUUAAUU